GCUUUACACAAUCGAUUGUUUACGUUUCAUAUACUCACAGUGGUGGUCUGGUGACUCUUUUGUCGUUGAAGAAGCACUGAGCGAGCUCUUUCAACGGUGGUUUGGUUCGGAACACUGACUUCUCCCCACACAUUGGAAGGAAUACCACACGUUACAAUUGGGUCCUUAGGAUGGUAAUGUCUACAGGAUUAGAAGAUAAGAGCACGAGCUCUAAGAAUGAUUUGGUGAUGUCUGUUCAAACAACACCGAUGCUGUCACCCCCGGUGUCUCCAGAGCGCUCUGAGAGUCCGCCCAUCACCAAGGAUCGUGCCGCUGGGGGAUGGAUGGUCAUUAAGUCUUCAGCGGUUGUCGAUGGGAACCGCCGUGGCACCAAGCGGAGCAUCAACACAUUUCUAAGCCUUUACGAGGUCCGUGGAGUGAAGAAGAGAAAUGCAUAUGAGGACCAGAAGAAGCCGACCAAGAGAGAGUCUCCAAAGACUGGAUGUUCAACCCCACAGAUUCGAGAAAAACCUUCACAGGGAGGUAGAAUUGGGUCUGAAAGGGAUACAUCCUGCGGUUCCGAGGACAUUUCCAUACGUCGUUACUCUACAAGAUCCAGACUGGCAUCGUGUGAAGUUUCCAGAAACAGCUCUAGCUCGCCUAUCAAGUUCGAUGUCAAGCCAGAACCAGAGACAUCUGGUUCAAAACACUGCUCUAAAGCUGGGUUUUUGCGAGAAUGCACGGUUCAAAUCAUUCAUGAUUCACCAAUUGGAUCGAUUCCAAACUUCGAGCCUUCUUUCACGGGUAUACCAAAGAGAACAAUCGAAAGGGCCGUUAAAAAAGCUGGGUGUGUCGUCAACGUAUCGAGUUCAAAAGACUUUGGAGGCACCGACCUUCUACACGGGUUUGACUCUAGAGAGAUUCUUAUUAUGAAAGCGUUCAAGUUGACACCACUACAAUACGCAGAUACAAAGAGACGGUUCUUUGCGGAAAAGGCCAGGAGGACCAUGCUCUCAGUAUCCUUUAAGAAGACCGAUGCUCAGAAGGCGUGCAGAAUUGAUGUUAACAAAGCAUCAAAGCUAUAUGAAGUUUUCGGAUCACUUGGUCUCUUGGAUGAUGAAUUAUUCACUCUCUGAAUCUAUAUGUGAAUGAACCAUGUUUUGUCUGUCACUGGCUCAACGCCCGCUGUUAUUGCUUUUGAAUAAGAGUUGGUUUCUCACCGUAAUCAAUCCAUAUGGUUCCUAUGGAAGUUUUUAGCUUGAUUCCACUGCUACCUGAGUUGAGUCACUUUGCUUUUGUUACUUUGAAAGUGUCCACAGUUGGCUUGUCAUAUCAUACUCGUUAA